GAUUACGGAGCAAGUAUCUCUAACUAGUCUGUGAUUACGGAGCUGUCAAAAUUCGUGCUUGGGCUUCGGAUUCGGAAUAAUAUUAAUCAAGAAAAGCUCAAGGAAGAACGGAUAUUCGAUUAUUUACUUAUAGACUAAACCACCAUAAUCUGUUUCUACCGAUCAAUCUUCCUCGUGUCUCUCUCACUACUGGACAUUGGCAAAAUUUCUGUGUAAAACGGAGAAAGCCACAGACACAAAAAAGAAGUUCACUAAGAAUUUUGAAGGGAUCUGUUUGUUUUUCCUUUUAUUAUUACCUCGAACUAUGGCUUCCCCUUUAGAGCAGUUUGUAAAUAAUGUUAGGACGAUGUCGGCGUCAGGCAACUUUCGUGAAUUAUGGGAAAUCAUCGGAAAAUCUGAUGAAGUCUUACAAAGAAAUAGUGCUCAUCUAAGUACAGUUCUAGAGACACUUGAUAUUCAACAACACUCACUUGGUGUUUUAGCAGUACUGGUAGCCAAAUUUUCAUUACCUCAGGGCUCUGUAAGUGAAGUUGAUAAGUCUAGUAUAUUCCAACAAAUCCAUGACUUUAUCAAUAACUGUAAUGGAGAACAGGUUCGGUUUGCUCCAGAUUUAUAUGCUGAUUUGUGUCAUUUACUUACGGAUCAUUUAGUGGAAAUAAAACAACCAAUCCGUGGAAUCGAAAUAUUAAAAAAAGCUAUUAGGAAGAUACAACUAUUUGAUUCGCAGUUAACUUCUAUUCAUGCUGACUUAUGUCAGCUAUCUCUUUUAUCAAAAUGUAUGAAACCAGCACUUGAAUUUUUGGAUACAGAUGUCACUGGAAUAAGUUUGGAGUUGGGUGGCAACAAUGACUCUAAACAUUUCCUGCUUUAUUAUUAUUAUGGGGGUAUGAUUUACACAGCAAUGAAAAACUAUGACAGAGCUUUAUAUUUUUUUGAAGUGGUAGUUACUGUACCGGCCAUGGUAGUCUCACAUAUAAUGUUGGAAGCUUAUAAAAAAUACAUUCUUGUGUCAUUUAUCUUGCAUGGAAAGAUAUUGCCGAUGCCUAAAUAUGUAUCGCAAGUUGUAUGUCGCUUUCUGAAGCCUUUGUCUGUGGCUUAUCAUGAACUGGCUACCUCUCAACAUGCAGCUAUUAAGCAUCGUGAAACCUUUGUCAGGGACAAAAACAUGGGAUUAGUCAAUCAAGUAUUAAGUUCAAUGUAUAAAAAGAACAUUCAACGACUAACUAAAACGUUUUUGACCCUCUCACUGAGUGACGUAGCUUCGCGAGUGCAACUCUCUGGACCAGCCCAGGCUGAAACCUACAUUCUGAAUAUGAUUGAAGAAGGUGAAAUAUAUGCUAUGAUAAACCAAAAAGAUGGAAUGGUGGUAUUUUUGGACAGCCCCGAAAAAUAUGCUUCUCCUGAAACUUUGUGCGUGUUGGAACAGCAAAUGGCUGCUUGCACUAAGUUGCAUCAAUAUAUCCAAGAAAUGGAUGAACAGAUUCAAGUUAAUCCUCAGUAUGUGAAAAAAUCGGUUGGAAGCCAUGAUGAAGAUAUACCAGCUACAAGUCAGAAUUCUAAAACUACUUAUACUAUGUAACUUAAUACAUUGUUAAUCUAGUUUAUGUUUUAUAAUAUAAUUAACAUUAAAACAAUAAG